CAGACCUUCGCCCGGUCCGGUGAAAAAGUGAACCGACGUAGAUUUCUACCCCUUUCAAAGGACGACGAUUUUUUUCGCGGGGCUCCAAAACCCUUGCUUUACCUAAAACCCUAAAAUUGCUCCUCAACACCUCACAAUAUUUCCCUCUAAUGGCGAAAACAAACUCAUGGAUCUCCCACAUCGAAGCCUUCGUCGAUGCCUCUUGCUCUUCGAACCAGCAGAAACUUGGGUCUUUUCAUGAGUUAAUAAUAAUUCCUGUGGAUCAGAAUGCAAGUGUGGAUGCGAUUGCAGCGUUGGUGAAGAAUGACUCAUUAACUCUCGAGGAUUUGGUAAGAGAAAUGGAGCUUUAUUUGACAACCACGGACAAUAUAAUCCGCGCAAGAGGAACUCUUCUUCUGGGAGAAGUUCUUAGUCAUCUUACUGCAAAGCCAUUAAGUAGUACCAUUAUAAGCAGUUUGGUAGGAUUUUUCACUUCAAGGCUGGCAGAUUGGCAAGCUCUGCGUGGGACCCUCGUUGGUUGCUUGGCUCUUCUGAGAAGAAAGAGUAAUGUUGGAAUGGUUGUAGGCAAUGAGGCAAAGAUGCUUGCAGAAAAUUAUUUAGCUAAUGUCCAAACUCAGUCUUUAGCAGUGCAUGACCGUAAGUUAUGCUUUGAAGUUCUUCAGUGCUUAUUGGAUGUCUACCCUGAGGCUGUAAUGGAUCUGGAUGAUGAGCUUAUUCGUGGAAUCCUGGAUGCGAUUGAUGGGGAAAAGGAUCCUCGAUGCUUGAUUCUAACAUUCCAUAUAGCAGAAACUCUAAUGCGACUAUUUCCAGAUCAAUCUAAGUCAGAAGAAAGCUUUGCAGAAGAGAUUUUUGAGAUUUUAAGUUGCUAUUUUCCUAUAUAUUUCACACAUCAAAAAGUUGAUGAUCUUCAGAUAAAAAGGGAUGAUCUUUCUAGGGAACUAAUGAAUGCCUUCUGUUCAACUCCAUACUUCGAGCCAUUUGCCAUUCCUCUGGUGCUCGAUAAACUUUCCUCGUCUCUUCCUCUAGCAAAGCUUGAUUCUUUGAAGUAUCUUAGCAAUUGCAUAUUACAUUAUGGAGCUGAUAGAAUGUUUAAGCAUGCUAAAGAUAUAUGGUUUGCUCUGAAAGAUGUCAUCUUUGAUUUUUCACCGGAAGGAAUUAUAGAAUCAGCAGGAGAUAUGGAAUCACAGAAAGCUCAAAUUGCAAAAGAGGCCCUCACUUGUUUGCAAAUGGCUGUUUCACAGUUAAACUUCGUCAAUAGUGAGCCAUUUACAAGCUUGAUUCUUGACGAUCCGGACAUUGAGAGAAUUUUUUUGUCUGUGUGCCUGGAAAGAAGUUAUUCAGGCAUCCCCAAAGAAACUCUGCAUCAACUUAAUUCUAUUGGAAGCAUCUUAUCUAUUGCUUCAAAGGUCUCUAUUGAUGGUUGCAGUAAAGUGUUCCAGAAAUUUUUUCCACGCUUGAUGAAUUUAUUAGGAGUAGAUAAAAACGAUUCAUCUUAUGGUUGCAUUAAGGACUGCAACACAUCUUCUAAUUUGAAUUUUGGAGCUCUAUACUUGUGUGUUGAAUUCCUUGAUUCCUGUAGAGAUUUGACUAUUGGGCUUCAGGAUAUCCCUCCACAAGCUCCAGACAGCUGGUGUUAUCUGCUUAAAGAUUUUUGUGGUCCAUUAAGUUAUGCUUUUAAAUCAUCUCUGGUGAAUACUGUUACUGCUGCGAAGACCGGGCAAGAAUAUGUGCCUUGUGUAGUAAAGGGUUUGCAGGUACUUGCAACAUUUCCAGGAUGUCACUCACCUGUAUCGGAGAAAAUAUAUGAAGAUAUUUUAGCAGUCCUUAUGUCAGUUAUCACUGGCAGGUUUGAUGAACCAUUCUUGUGGAGAACUGCUUUGGAGGCAUUAAUUCAAAUUGGUUUACAUAUAGAAAAGUUUCAUGACUCUAAGAAGGAAAGAGGCUAUUGUAAAUUUGUAGUUGAAAGGAUUGUUUCUAUGCUUUUACAUGAUGAUACUACAUCUCUUGGUGUUAAACUAGAAGUAAUCUCGGAAAUCGGUACUGCUGGUCCAGACUUUAUGUCAACAGUGAUACGAGGUCUUGAAGAUGUUAUAUUCUCCAAUUUCUCAGAGAUUUGGGUCAACGGAAACCUAGGAGCUGCUGAGAUUUUAGUACCUCUACUUCAGUGCUACUCUAAUCGCGUGCUUCCUUGGUGCCACAAGUUUGGAAAAGCUGACCAAGUCGCAAUGCAAUUUGCUACCAAUAUUUGGAAUCUGAUGGAAAAGAGUAGUGUUCUCAGUGUAGAAUUUCAAAGGAAUGGUGUUCUUGAUACAACUAUGAUGGUGAUGAAGCUUUGUGUUGGAUAUUGUACAGAAGAAAACCAGAGUAUUAUUGUACGGAAAGCUUAUACUAUUCUAUCAUCUACUACCUUUCUUCUGUUGGACUCUUUAGGCUUGCCCUUAUCCAACUUAGAAGCGCUGCAGUCAAUUCCAGAUAUAUCUGGCUUAUCCUGUAAAGAUGAGUGGCUUAUAUCUCUGUUUGCAUCAGUAGUGAUAGUGCUACAUCCACAAACACCUGUGCCAGAUGUUGGAGCACUAACCAGAUUGUUCACAGUUUUCCUACUUAAAGGUCAUCUCCCGGCAGCUCAAGCUUUGGCUUCAAUGAUUAACAAAUGGCCAGCAAAUAUCGGUACAGCAGAACUUUCAAGCACUCAUGAACUGGAAGUAGUAAUUGAUGUGGUUCUUGAGAGUAUAUCGGCGGUACUUUCUAGUUGUUUAAAAGAAUGUAAAAUUGCCAAUGGCACUGAUGACAACUUGAGUUGUUCAAGCCUCAUUUCUUACCAAAUCCAUGCCAUUGUUGGCUUGGCAUGGCUUGGUAAAAGUUUGCUUAUGCGUGGACAUGACAAGGUGAAAGAAAUAGCAAAGCGUCUAUUGAAGUGCUUACUCUCUGAUCAGGAUAUUCCUGCCACUUCAGUAGCCAAGGAUGAAGCUAGAGACAAUGAUCAGAAUAUGCAUUCCCUUUUGAUCAGAGCUGCAGCAGAUGCAUUUCAUAUCCUUCUUACUGAUUCAGAAGUUUGCUUGAAUAGAAAAUUUCAUGCAACAAUGAGGCCACUUUAUAAACAACGAUUCUUCUCAAGCAUGAUGCCCGUCUUGCUCUCUUCAAUCAAAGAAUCCAAUUCAUCAAGAACAAGAGCUAUACUGUAUAGAGCUCUUGGGCAUAUUUUUUCUGACACUCCGUUAGCUGCUGUUGUUGCCGAAGCAAAAAAGGUUAUACCUGCAUUAUUGGAGGGCUUAUCUAUAUCUACUUUGGGAGUAUCGAAUAAAGAAAUGACAUAUAACCUUUUAUUAGUCUUGUCAGGGAUACUAAUGGAUGAGAAUGGGAAGGAAGCUAUUGUAGAGAAUGCUCAUACUAUUAUAAAUCACCUCAUUCGACUGGUUUCUUAUCCUCAUAUGAUGCUUGUACGGGAAACAGCAAUUCAAUGUCUUACAGCAAUGUCAUCACUUCCUCACACAAGGAUUUAUCCCAUGAGACCGCAGGUCCUAAGAGCUUUAGUGAUGUCCCUUGAUGAUCCGAAAAGACAUGUUCGUCAAGAGGCUGUUAGAUGUCGUCAAGCAUGGGCAUCAAUAGCUUCAAGAAGUCUUCAUUUUUGAGAAUAGUGGAAUUUAAUAUUACAAUUCAAUCAGAGAGGCAUAUUUGAUGUUAUGAGUUCUAUCAUCCAGUACCUGGAUGUAUGUAUAGUGUUAUAUCACUGUUUGGCAAAUGGUUUGUCAUGCUGAUCUCAAUGGAACCAGGCGGCUACUUAGAACCAGUGCUACUACUUGGAGCGAUCUGGAUGCAGAAUAGAAGAGCACAAGCAGAGCUGGAGGAUUCAGAAAUUAGGAAAUGCAGUUGGUGUACAUCGUUGUACGAGGAUAUUUAUUUGUACUAUGGGAAGCACAAUGUUGCGCACUUCCAAUGUUUAAUGUAUAUUAAUGUUAUGGAUGUGUACAUAUGUUUUUGAGAACAAUACUGCAAUAUAUUUAAGUCCAAUAAUUGUUCAAUGAGUUUGAAUCUAGACUCGUUUCAGA